CCCUGCAUCGGCAGGCGGACUCUCAACCACUGCGCCACCAGGGAAGCUCUCAAAUCUGUCACUUUUGAAGAGCGAUCCUGGUGUGCAGAUUGAAAGGGGCUUUCGAAGAAUGUUGGGGACUCUUUAAUCUGCAGUUAAGAUUUUUGGUAACAGUCUCUUCUUCCCCACGGACUGUGGUGAAGGCUUCCCUUGCCUGAGGGCCACCCUGGGGGAUCCCAUGGAAGUUGAUGCCCCUUGUUUUCAGGACACAUCCAGCGAUGCACCCCCUGCAGCGGCUGCGGUGGCAGAUGGUGCCCACCUCCUGGGCUUCUCGGAUGAGAUCCUCCUGCACAUCCUGAGCCACGUCCCCAGCAUAGACUUGAUUCUGAACGUCCGGCGCACCUGCCGGAAGCUCGCAGCGCUGUGCCUGGACAAGAGCCUCACCCACACGGUGCUGCUGCAGAAGGACUAUGAGGCCAGCGAGGACAAGGUGAAGCAGCUGGUGACGGAGAUCGGCUGGGAGAUCCAGCAGCUCAGCAUGGCCGGCUGCUACUGGCUGUCGGGCAGCACGGUGGAGCACGUGGCCCGCUGCCGCGGCCUGGUGAAGGUGAACCUCUCGGGCUGCCACCUGACCUCCCUGCGCCUCUCCAAGGUUCUGUCGGCCCUGCAGCGCCUGCGCUCCCUGGCCAUUGACGUGAGCCCCGGCUUCGACGCCAGCCAGCUGAGCGGUGAGUGCAAGGCCACGCUGAGCCGUGUGCGGGAGCUCAAGCAGACGCUGUACACGCCCUCGUACGGCGUGGUGCCCUGCUGCACCAGCCUCGAGAAGCUGCUGCUGUACUUCGAGAUCCUGGACCGCACGCGCGAGGGCGCCGUGCUCUCGGGCCAGCUCAUGGUGGGCCAGAGCAACGUGCCACGCUAUCAGCACCUGCGCGUCUUCUACGCCCGCCUGGCCCCCGGCUACAUCAACCAGGAGGUGGUGCGCCUUUACCUGGCUGUGCUCAGCGACCGCACGCCCGAGAACCUGCACGCCUUCCUCAUCUCCGUGCCCGGCAGCUUUGCUGAGAGCGGGGCCACCAAGAACCUCCUGGAGUCCAUGGCCCGCAACGUGGCGCUGGACGCGCUGCAGCUGCCCAAGUCCUGGCUCAACGGCUCGGCCCUCCUCCAGCACAUGAAGUUCAGCAGCCCCUUCUACUUCAGCUUCAGCCGCUGUGCCCUGUCCGGCGGCCACCUGAUCCGGCGCGUCAUCGAUGGCGGCAGGGACCUCCGGAGCCUGGCUGGCCUGAACCUCAGCGGCUGUGCGCACUGCCUGGCGCCCGACUCCCUGCUGCGCAAGGCAGAGGACGACAUCGAUAGUGGCAUCCUGGAGACGCUGGUGGCAGCCUGCGGCAACCUGCGACACCUCAACCUCUCGGCUGCCCACCACCACAGCCCCGAGGGCCCCGGCCGGCACCUGUGCCAGCUGCUGGCACGGCUCUGCCACCUGCGCUCCCUCUCGCUGCCCGUCUGCGCCGUCGCUGACUCGGCGCCACGGGCCGACCGCGCGCCCGUCCAGCCUGCCACGCACGCUGUGCCCCGCGGCUUCGGCAAGAAGGUCCGCAUCGGCGUGCCGUCCGGCCCCGACCCUUUCUCCGGGCAGGCGGGCCCCCUGCCGUCCUCUGUGUUCUGGUCGCUGCUGAAGAGCGUGCCCUUCCUGGACCGCCUCGAGCUGAUUGGGUCCAACUUCUCGUCUGCCAUGCCGCGCAACGAGCCCGCCAUCCGCAACUCGCUCCCCCCCUGCGGCCGGGCACAGAGCGUGGGGGACUCAGAGGUGGCCGCCAUCGGCCAGCUGGCCUUCCUGAGGCACCUGACGCUGGCCCAGCUGCCCAGCAUCCUGACAGGCUCCGGGCUGGUCAGCAUCGGCGUCCAGUGCCAGCAGCUCCAGUCCCUGUCCCUGGCCCACCUGGGCACGAUGGGCAAGGUGGCCUACACUUCCGCCCUCGCGGACAUGCUGAAGCACUGCAAGCGGCUGAAGGACCUCAGGCUGGAGCAGCCCUACUUCAGCGCCAACGCCCAGUUCUUCCAGGCGCUGAGCCAGUGCUCUGCGUUGCAGCGCCUGUGCCUGGUGUCCCGCAGUGGCACCUUACAGCCCGAGGCUGUGCUGGCCUUCAUGGCGCGCUGUCUGCACGUGGUCGUGUGCCACCUGUUCACCGGCGAGUCGCUCAGCACCUGCCGGAGCCUGCAGCAGUCCCUCCUCCGCAGUUUCCAGGCCGAGCGGCCCGCGCUGAACGUCGUCAUCUUCCCUCUGCUCCACGAGGGCCUGACCGAUGUCAUCCGAGACGUUCCCAUGGUGCACCUGGACGAGGUCACCUUAUUUAAAAGCAGAGUGGCCGAGGAGCCGCCAAAUCUGUGGUGGUGACAGGAGUGGGCCCCCACCGGCCCGUCGCCACCUGUGGCCGCUGCGUCUCCGUGGCCGAGCAAGCAGGACUGCCCCGGUCAGGUGUGUGGCUUCCGGCCUUGCCACGGCCGCCGCGGCUGCUCCCCUGCCCGAGGACGCCGGAUGCCCGGUGGGUCACCGGAGGAAGGAAGCCCCCUCCCCAGCCCUUAGGGGCCUCCUCUUGUGAGGAGCCUGUGCUCAGUGACGCUCCGGCUGAGAUGCGUGAGGCAGCGGCGGCAGGGCCGGUUGUCGGGCGACCUGCGGGCCUGGCCGGCGUGGUCUUGGGCUGAGACACCCAUCGCCAGGACGCUGACUCCUUGGGGGCCAGGUCGCCAGAGCGCCACGUGACCCCACGGCCGUCCCCCAGCCCCCAGGAGAGGCCCUGUGCUCCUGGUCACCUGCCUCGGGCUCUGUGGUGGGCGGCUGUGAGCCCGAGGCAGGGAGGGGCUUGCAGGUGCUGUGGCAGAUUUGGGGCUCUCCCCUCCUUCCAUUUAACCCAGUUACACCUCUGGUAUGUGUCCAGCCACAUGACAUCAGACAGGUUCGGGCCAGCAGCGGGUUGCUGGGCAGGGAAGCUGCAGGUCCCUGUGAAGGUCUCUGUUUCUGGGGAAACACGGAUAGACCUGCUUCAUUAGAAAACCUUGAAAUAUUAAAACCCAGAAGGGAUGUGUGGGGCUGGAGGAGUGAUCACAUUACCCCGUUUCAGAUAGCUUUAUUUAGCACUUUAAAAAAAUGCAACACACACACACAAAAAAAUGCAACGCAGCUAUUCCCAAAACGAGGGACGUCCUCCCAGUGUCCUGGGCCUCCCGCCACGUGCCGCCCACUGCUUCUGCCUUGUCAGCCGUGAGACUCCCCCAGAGCCGUCAUCCCUGCGGCUGGUGGGCUUCUGAGGGGCCCCAGUUGGGUUCCCUCCACCCAGCGUCUUGCCCCAACGCUCCCGGUGACGCUCCUGGAGACUUCCAGGGAAGGCUGAGUGGCGUCGGGGUGGCUUCCAGCCGGGGGUACCUGGGUCUCCGCAGAGGUUGCCUCCCCAGGACCCCAGGGGCUGGGCCCAUCUUGCCCAAGCCUCCCUCUCCCUCUGGGCUGGGGGUGCAGGUUCCCCAGGCCCUCCUCACCGCUGCGGCCCGUCUCGGCUGCCGUCCACUCUGUGGCCCCCAGCCCAGCCCGCUUCCCACUCUGUUCCAUGUGAUGGUCGCCCCGUGUCGUGUAGUGUGUCCUAUAGUUUGCCUGUUGCAGGGCCCGGUACCUGGACCCUGGGCCUGUGUUCACCUGCCCUUCCCUGGGUUCUCAAGGGGCAGAGUUCAGCAGUCCCUGCCCUGCCAGGCCGAGGGGGUCCAGGAAGCCUUCUGAUGGUGGAAGUGCUCGGAGGGCCAGGGUCUCGGGACGCACACAGGCCCCCGAGUGCUCCGGUCGAUUCUCCCUAAGCGCAGUCUGUCUGGCGGCCUCCACCUGUCCCCGCGGCCCCGGCCCUGCUCUCACCUCCCCGCAGCACCGGGUGGAGCUGGGUCUCCUCCCCCUGCGCUGUGGUUUUCUUGCCGAGGGUAGAGCUGUCUCCUCUCUGGAGCGUGGGGUGCCCUCCUCCCUCCCUCCCCAGCUUCCGCUGGAGGCUCUUUGCCUCCUGCCCAGAGGGACCUGUCUGCCGCUGACCCCCGGUGGGACCCCCACCAGACCUGCAGCCCUCCCCUCCGCAGUCCUGACCUGGCCUGAGAGUCACAACCGGGCCCGCCCCUCUGGCCAUGCAGGCCGCAGGCCAGGCUGUCCUGGGCCCUGGGGAGACAGGGCCAAGGCCCUCGUUAGGGCCACACGCUGUAGAUGAGGGUCUGAGAGGUGGUGGGAGUCCCCCACCCCAUUUCUGGGCAUGUCUUUCAGUUGCGCCUUGAGACCACCGGGAGGGUGAUCAGGAAGGGUGAUGUGGGGACUGACUGCUCGUUGCCGUCACAGCAGGAGCGUGGCCAGUUACAGCCCGACCGGCAGAGGGACGUGGCCCAGGAUGGGGGCAGGUGGUCUGGCCGACCCCGGGACCCCUGGGGCCCUGGGUACACAUCUCCUUUCGUCCAGAGCAACCUGGGCUCAGGCCAGAGGAUGAUCGUUCCACUAAGAAUUUAUCCACAGGCUGCCAUGGUUUUCGUGCUCUGGCCCGGAUGGCCUGUUCUCAUGAGCAAGCAGUUUUAACCAGCAGUGUCAUUUAUGCCAGCAAACAGGGCCGGGAGGGGCCGUUCACGAGAGGCUGGGGCACGGGCUGACUUGGAAAGCAGCCCCCGAACAGGAGGCCUUGUAUCUUUAGUGUCCCCCUCAGCCGUCCUUUCCUUAGAGCAAGAAUUUCCGCUGCUUCUCCACCCAAGACGGGGUCCCCCAGCUGUUAAUAACGUGCUUAUUCUUGCUGAGUGCAUUUUGGCGCCGGUGUUAAUUGCAGCUUAUGUUCUGCAGCAUCUUACGCUGGGAGAAGAACCCACCCUAAUGGGCCCCAAUUGGCAGAACUGGGCUGUGAAGCGACGGACCAUAUGCUGCCUGCUG